CUUGAUCAUGGAGUUUCCUGGCUAUCACAACGGGUCUCAGCCACACCUGCAACAGGUGCAGGACAGGGAAUUUCAGGAGCCACCCAGGCUCUAAGCCAGCCUCAGAGAGCUUCCCGCCACCUCAGCCCCAGAUGGGACCUGCGAGAGCUGGUGACUCCUUGGUACCAGCAUGUUUUCAAACAACACUUUCACCUUAGAUCUUCUCACCAAGCCAAAGCCAGGACGUGAUUUUUGUUCUGAGCUGACAGAAGAUGGAUCGACUUUGAUCCUCUGAUUAAUUGAAUGACAGAAGAUUAGUCCAUUUUCUCUCUGCCAAGUUUCUACUUGGUACUGACCUAAGAUUCUUUGGAUAUCACAUUACUCUCUGCUUUUGAAUCUCAGUGCAGCCUGACUUCAGUAGGACGGUGAUCAAUCAGCAAAAAACCUUCUUUUUUCGUGGCAGCCACUUAAACUGGCCUCCCUAGGAGUCAAGGAAAAGACCAUCUGAUGGAAUGGGAUCAGGGAGCCCCCAACCAGACCCAGGCCAACGCUGUUCUGGGGAACCUGCUGAGGGACCCCACGGAGGGGAGGAACAGCACCAACUCCACCAGGGCCCUGAAGCUUCUAGAUGGGACCAGUGCCGCCUGGUACAUCCUCACCAUCAUCGGCAUCUACGGAGUGAUUUUACUCUUCCGGUUGGCCAGCGACAUCCUCAGAAAGAACGAUAAGUCCUUGGAAGAUAUUUAUUACUCAAAUCUGACAUCAGAACUCAAAAAGAAAGGGUUCCAGAACAAAUGCCCUUCACUGACCGUUAGCAACAAAGCUGUCCUGCAGCUCAACCAGGCCAGCCUGGAACCCACGCGUGGAAACAUCAGGCCUCAUACCAAAAUUCAAGGGGUCCCUUGAAAGUCGAGGCAAGCAGAUUGGAGACAAAAGAUUCAACCUUCCUGCUGGGGAGAGUAGCUGUGAGUUCACCUGGAACCUUGAGAGAGGAGUCGAGCCCCUGAGUGGGGCUGGAAGAGCAUUGCUGAGCAGUGGGUCCUUCUGGGAGAUGGAGGUGUGACCAAAAGCCAGCGUCUCAUUUCCUUCUCAGGCUUCUGGGUGCUUUGAGAAGAAAGAGCAGGAGUAGUGGCUUCCAGCCAUAUUAUCAUUCACUGGACAAUCUUAAGCUCCAGGAAAGGGUGUGGGACAGCUGGCAUCCUCAGAGGAAUCUGGGAGAUUCCUGGGGUGUACAUAAAGGUGGCCUCUUGUCAUGGGAAGAAGGCUGAAUUUGGAGUCAAAUGCCUUGGAUGAAAAUAAAACUUCUAGAGGGUCACAUGAACUCUGAGGGGCCAGCGGCUCACUUGGAACAUGUGAGGGCUGGAUAUAUGGCCCCAGAACACUAUUCAUUCUAAAGACUCUGAUAAGAAUAUAGAAACAAAGUUAUCAAUAUCAACACUUUCAUUUUCAAAAGUUCUUCAUUUUCAUUGAGAGGGUAGAGUCCACUGGAAAAAAAGCAUUCAUUUUGGAGUUGGAAGAACCAAAUUCUAGUCUGAGUUUGACUAUUGGCCAUUCUUGGUGGCCUUGCACACACAACUUCCCCUCUCCAGACCUUGGUUUCCUUACAGAUACAAGGAGGCUCAUGAUGUCAGUGUUCUGCCAGUCUUACAAAGUAGGUAAGAGCUAGUGAGCUCAUGCACGUGAAUGUAUUUUGAGAAGUAAAAUAAAUAUGUAAAUAUAA